AUGGCUCUUUUAAACCUGCCCGUUGAGCUGCUACAGCGCAUCAUAGCUGAGACGAUUCCCGACUCGAUCGAGAACGUCGCAAUCACAUGCAGCACAUUGUACCGCGCAAGUCAAAUAUACCUGGAACAGCACAACAAGCUCCGGCGGCGAUAUCGCCACUUUUCUUACUCCAAGCUCUCUAGAACUAGCCCUUCUGACAUACGAGCCGAGGAAGAAUGGGAUAUUUGCACCAAAGAUACGGGACUUCGCAUUGUUAAUGCCGUAGACUUCAUUUUGGCAAUCAUACGCAAUCCGCUGAUUCCUCGGUACGUCGAAACGGCUGAUCUCAAAGCCAGUUUCGGCGUGAGAAACUUCGAUCCCGGGGACAAUUCGCAGGGAACAGGACCAUUGUUUCCCCGGGUCAGAGGAGAGGCCGACAUUGAAGUCCUUCGGGAGUUUCUGCGCACAUCUCCUUAUUUGGAGCAGACUGGCAGCAACCCAGAGACCUGGAUGGAAGGGAUACAGAACGAUGUGGUUGGCCAUGCUGAAGUCUUCCUUCUUACCCUGUUGACCCAUGUGCGGGAGCUUGCUCUGCCAGCUGCCUGGGGCGAGCUAACGUUACGUCCAUUCAAGUCAGGUGAAGAGGGAGAGGAAGAAGAUGAGCAUCGAUCUGAUAGAUCUGUCAUUUGGCCUAUGCUCGAUCACAUCGUGUGGCGUGCUAAUGAGCCUGGCGUGAAAGAUGCCGGGCUCUCUAAGCUGGAUAUCUUACGGCCGUUUACCGGAUCAGGGUACGAUUGUAGGAACGCAAUGACCUUGAACACACCAUUCCUGGCUAUCGGGUCGCUUCGGGAAGCCUACAUCGGGGGUUGCAUUGCCCUGGAAGAUGGCUACACUGGUAUACCCUUUCACCCAGAGUACUCGACUUACAGCCCACGCCUAGAAAAGCUGGAGUUGGUGGGCUGUACAUUCGAGCCAUGGGAAGUGCGUGUCUUGCUCUCCCGCAUGGCCAACUUGAAGUGUCUCCACUUUGCAUACGAGGUGAAAUGGCACGGCUGUGGCAUGAGCUGCGACACGGGACACAUUCUGGAUACAAUCAUGGAAUGCACCGGCGAGACAUUGGAGGAGCUUUCGGCGUGGAUGAUGGAGCACUGGGGCUCGACAGGGCGUACUCUCACUGAUAUGAAGGGGUUCCGGCGCCUCAAGUCUCUUGAGAUUGAUAGCUUCAUGUUUAUGGGACCAGAGUUCCGCAAAGACGAUGUAGAAGACUUCGAUCUUACCGACGCGCCGAACGUUUGGCCCGUGGAGGAGAUUGCUGCACCGCGUAUGGUCGAUAUGCUUCCUCCUUCGCUUGAAUCACUCAGGAUUCUGGUGCAGGGUAACGAUGGGGACGACCGGUCGGCUCAGAUUGCAAAAUGCUUGAGAGCAUUGUUUGACGGGUUUCCUCAACACAGGCAGAAACUUUUACCAAAGUUACAGGAGGUUGUGGUUGAAAUCGUGGGAACGAAUGUAGACUUGAAUCUCCAAAGGGAGAUGGAAGCCCAGGGGGCCAAGAUUUACGUUCGAGAGGGACUGGAAGUUCAGCCAAGCUUCCUCACCGAGUUCUACACCAGGUUCGACGUUGAAGCAGAAUAA